CUUUCCAGCUUCGUACGGUCAAUCCUAACCUCGGAAUUUAUAAACGAGAGAGAGAAGUUUCUCCACGGCGAACGUCUCUGGAGUCCAAGUCGCGACGCAAGGAGGUUAAGAGGCGCCGCUGCAUCACGCGGUGGUAAACAAUGGCAUCGGCGACAGCGUCGUCGUCGUCGGCGACGUCGUCGUCGGGCGCGAGCCAGCCGUCAUGGGAGCCGCACCGGAUCACGCAUCUCAAGCCGUCCUUCGACAGCCACGAGAUGGCCCUCGCCUGCCGCAAGGACCUCUGGCACAAGUUCAUCGUCUUCGACGGCGCCCUGUACCGACGCACCAACGUCCUACGCGCCGUUAUAACCACCUGCGAGCCGGCGCUCCUGCUGCCGAUCAUGUACGCCGUCGAGGACGAGAACAAGAGCACGUUCCUCGCGCAGUGCGCCAGCAACGCGAUAGAGAACCUCGUGAAGCAGGGUCUGUGCAUAACGCUGUCCGGCGGCCAGGAGCUGCGCAUGGACGUCGUGCUCGGGUUCCUCGGCGUGCAGGAGCUGCAGGUGAACACGAGCAAGAUCAUCGCGGAGGCCCUGCACAGCCGGUACGAGCCGAUGAAGAAGGUGUUCAAUCUGGACGACUUCGAGAACGAGAAGGCGCUCGGCUCGAUAUUCUGUCCCAUCUCCAUACCGAAGAUCUUCGACCUGGUGCUGCGCUGCAGCAAGACGGGCAUCAUGGGAAACAGCCGGGAGCUGCAGCAGCUGCGGCUGCCCGUGCGCGAGCUGAGCCUGAGGAACAACAAGCUCACGGCCAUCAUACUGUUCGACAAGUUCUUCAAUUACCACCUGACCAAGCUGGACCUGAGGCACAAUCAGAUCCUGGACGUCAAGUAUCUGCGUUACUUCUGCGAGUUCAAGAUAAGCGAGGUUUGGCUGGACGGGAAUCCGCUGUGCGCCCAGUACACCGACUCCCAGAGCUACAUACAGGCCGUGAAGAACAUUUUCCCGCAUCUACAGACGCUGGACGGGGUCGUCAUAGGAAUGCAGAAGAAAUUUGUGCCGAGCAUACAGAGCAAUUAUCUCAGCAACGGAUCGAAGAUCCCUCUGAUCAGGCAGUUCAUCAAGCAUUUCUUCACGCUCUACGACCAGGAAGAUAGAAUAGUUCUGAACGGCCUGUACGAUAAAAAUGCGUUCUAUUCCAUGACGUUAGGUAGCGUAACGAAUCACGUGCAUAAAGAGAUCGUCAAGACGUUCGCCACAAACAGAAACUUGUUGAAGUUCGUCGAUUACGCCAAGUAUCACGAGUUGUUGUUUUGGGGGCCUGAGAAGAUCAUCACCGCCCUUAAGCGGCAGCCACCGACAGCGCACAAUUUCAAAACGUUUCACAUAGACUUGUUGUGCGAAGAGGACAGUUACAUAGUCGUAUCCGUGCAAGGAUUAUUUUGGUAUCGCUUGUCCCACUGUCCGCCUAUGCUGUUCAACAGAACUUUCAUUAUCGUACGGAAAGAAGACAACGAAUACUGCAUCGUCAACGAUCAGUAUCACAUCGACGGUACGCCCGCCAGCGCGACCAACGACGUGAAAUUUGACCCGAGACCCGUCCCUAAAUUUACUCCGACGGUGCUCAGCGUGUCGGAAAAGGAACAGCUGCUUAGAUUUUUACGCGAACUCACUACGAUGAACAUUCGAUACUGCUACAAAUAUCUCCAGGACGCGGAAUGGGAUAUAAGAAGCGCGAUCACUAUAUUUAUGAAGAAUUACUCGGUCAAUGACGUUCCUCCAGAAGCCUUUCAAUGAACGCACAAUUGUGUUGGACUUCGAUAGUUUUUAAGAGAAUAGCUUAGUGUAAAAAAAAACACAUGUCGUUUGUAAGAGAAUAAUGCACACCAAUUUUUCUAUUGAUCCAUUUAUACUUAAAUAAUUGCUAAUAUUUCAUUUAUAUAAAGGGUUCUUGUUUAUACAGCUUAAACUUGUUGAAAGGAAAGAGAUAAAAAAAUCUCCCGUCAUUCUGUUUCAAUUGUAAAAAAGUUUUACGUGUAAUAUUUACAAAGCUAACGGA